AUGGCGGUGGACGGCCUGGUGGAUGCCCUGCUCGCCGACGGGCAGAGGUUCGCUUGGCUGGCGCGCACAAGCUACGGCGAACUCGCAGUCCCAGAGGUGGUCGAUAGGCUGGCGGAGCUCCAGGCCUGGGUCAAGGCGCGCCUGCACACCAUCCUCCACCACCGCGCACCACCCACACAGGGCUCCGUGGGCGGCCGCGGAAGAAGCUCGUUCGAAGCGGAAGUGAACACCACCCGGCGAGCGAAGAUGAGGAAGAAGAACAGGAGGAGGGAGACGGUCGAGUGGGAAGUGCAGGUAAGGGCCAUACGCCUGGUGGCGGCGCUCGGGGUGCUGUGCGGCCAGCGACUCCCGCAGAGCUUCAUCGCCGGCGGCCAGCCUGCUCCACUGGCGACACCCCAGCCGGCGGCCGGCUGGACACCACAGAGCACGGCGUCGCUCAAGGGAAGUCGCGGAGGCCGUGGAUCGCGGCGAAGACGCCAGGGCUGGGGAGUCGGCGCCGAUUCUGAUGGCCGCGGCGACAAUGAAGACACGCUCGGCGAGGUGCUGAUGCGAGUCAUCCUCACAGUCAACAACACCAACUACUCUGAUGAGGACGAAGUGGGCGAGGAGGGCGAGCGCGACGAGGAAUGGAGGAAGAGAACGAGCGCGUUGCGAGUGGAGGCGAUGAAGGCGCUGGCUGUGCUGUGCUUUAUCAUCGACGACGCCCGCGUCACGAGCGAAGUGUGCCGGUUCCUGGCUGAGUGCUACCUGCGGCGUGACUGUGAGCGUCGGCCCGAUGUGGAUGCGCUGUGGGCAGGCUACGGUCCCCACGACGACAGCGACUCGGGGGAGGAGAGCGACCGAAGCGACAUCAGCGACGACGACGAGGACAGCGAAGACGAAGCUGAGGAGGAAAGGGGACGAUCAGAAAACGAAACAGAGAACGAAAGCGAAGGCGGGGAAAGCGAAAGCGAACGUGAGGGCAGAAACAGGAGAACGUGGCGCGAUCAAAGGUGGGAGCGAAGCAGGAGGCCCGAUAUCGAGUCGAGUGAGUUGGCCGAAGCGCUGCGGGUGUGGACGUUCCUGGUGAGCCGUUUGCCGCAGGACGGGCUCGUGUGCAAGCUCGUGGGGCCGCACAAGCGCACCCUUGUCGAGCUUACCCUGCUCAACGACCCCGACACCACGUCGUCGGACGUGCGAGUGAACGCGGCCACACUCCUCAGCGUGCUGGCUUCCAUCUCUGCCAGCGGUGAUGCCGGAGAAGAAGAGGAGAGCUCUGAGCAUUCGCUCGACAGCGGCGUCAUGACGAUGGACGACCGGCGGCGCCUGCUGGCGCUCUGCAUGAGCAAAUCACGUGCGAGGGCGGGCAAGCGGGUGCGCGAGCGCCAACGGAGGUCGAGUGAAAAGCGCGAGCGGGCGGCCUUCCGCAGGCUCGCCGCGCAACUGGCGGACUGUCUGGACGCCGCCGGCGCCUCCACCGCCACGUCCCGCAAGGCCAAGCGUGACGAGAGUGGGUGCGAGGACCACUUCCACCGACAAAAGCUGCGCGCGUCGGGCUGCGGGUCGCUGGCGUCUACGGGGGCGCCCGUGGCGCGCACCCUCGAGACCCACAUCGCCUUUAAGACGCACUCGUGGAGUGCCUCCUACUACUUUGCCAUCGAGCGUAUUGGCCCGUUCUCCGAGCGUCCGGUCCACAUGGCCCAGCUCCGCGGGUGGCGGUGGCCUCACGUCGUGGGCUUUCUGCAGCGCUACUUCGGCUCGCGCUUCUGGCCCAUGCUCAAGACCCACCCGCAGGUGCGAGAGGCGAGCCGGCUGUUCGAGCCCAGCGGUGCAAGCCCGGACCCCAGGUGGCGCGGCCAGUUGUGCCCGUGCAAGGUCAACACGGCCACUUUCAAGGGCCACAAGGCGCAAACCAAACGAUACCGAAGGCAGACCAAGAGAAACCGCUUGCGCGAGGACUUGUACUGCCAGCCCAAGCGCGGCCAAGUGGUCAACGAGCGGGCGCGCAACCGGCGGAAGCAAGGCGUGACCGACACGCUGACGAUCGACUACAGCUUUAGCUGGUGA